UUGUCAUUAAACAUUACCAAUGGUUGUAAAAUUAUAAAUACAUGCAGUUCUCGCAAUUCUGUUGUAAGUAGAAUGUUGCACUGGAUAAUAUGGACGAUAAUCUUAUGUUUAUUAACAAUAGAAACUUUUGGACAGAAUGAAUGUUCCCAAAACACUAACUGUAAAUUACCAAACUGUUUCUGUGCCACGACUAAACAUCAUUUACCAGUGGAUCAAAUACCACAGAUAGUCUAUUUCGCUUUUGACGAUGAAAUAGACAAAACAAUUGGAAGCCAUUACGAGAGAUUGUUCCAUCCAAGCAGGAAGAAUCCGAAUGGCUGUCCAGUUACCAUGUCAAUGUUUGCUACUAACAAAGGUACAGAUUAUGAUGCUAUGGAUAAACUAUAUUCUAUGGGAAUGGAAAUAGGAUCACAUAAUACAAAACAUAUGACAACUAAAGACAUAAUUUCUAACGAAACUCGGUCACAACAAAAUUAUAUAGGUCAGAUGACUAACAUCCCACCAGAGUCUAUCAUCGGAUUUAGGAGCCCUUAUUUGGCCAGUGCAGGCGAUGACCAGAUAGAGGCACUUAAUGGAAAUGGAUUUAAAUAUGAUAUUUCAUAUACAUUUACACGUAGACCAGAAUCUAGUUCGAAUAUAUGGCCGUUUACGUUAGAUUAUGGAUGGAAAUAUCCAUGUAACAUAAAUCCAUGUCCGAAGCAAUCACACCCCGGUUUCUGGGAGGUACCAAUAAAUUCUAUGUGGGAUUACAUUCAUACUGAUAUAUGUGCCUAUGCCGAUAGCUGUACAUAUUCACCGCCAUCAGCAAAUGCAAUGUUUAAAUAUCUAUGGAGUAAUUUCAAUAAUUCAUAUUCGCAAAAUAAAGCUCCUUUUGGCAUCCAUUUACAUGGUCGAUGGCUAAAUGAUGGAUUGCGUUUAUGGGCAGUCGACAAGUUUAUCCGAGAACUUCUCAAACUCCCAGAUGUUUAUAUUGUAUCCGUGAAGAAGAUGUUGCAAUGGAUGGCAUAUCCAGCUAAACUUUCAGAACUUCAGCUUUUUGAACCUUGGAAAUGUGCAACAGAUGAUGGAUUUAUUCCUCCUUUAAAUCCCUUACCAGCAAGAUGUGAACAAGGUGUGAACUGUCAGCUACCGAAUUGCGUCUGUGAUCAAUUGCAACAUGAAAUGACAACUUUUGAAAUUCCUCAAAUGGUUUAUUUUGCUUUUGACGGACCUAUUGAUGGGACGGUUGGUCGUUACUUUAAAACUCUUUUUGAUCAGUCACGAAGAAAUCCGAAUGGGUGUCCAAUCCGAUUCAGUUUGUUUUUGUCGCAUGAAAAUACGAAUUAUAACGAAGUACAAGAACUAUAUGACAAUGGAGCGGAAAUUGGAACAAAUGGACUUGGUAAGAAUUAUCUUGCUACUAAAGAAUCAGUUUUAAACGAAGCAAUGAAGAUGAAACAAAACAUUAUUCUAAAUACUGAAAUUCCAGAUUCGGAGAUCAAAGGUUUCAGAAGUCCAUAUCUUUCAACAGCUGGUGAUGGACAAGUAGAAGCAUUAAAAAAAGCAGGAUACAACUACGAUAUAUCUUAUACAUUUACACGACGACCUUAUAAUUCAUUGAAUGCCUGGCCAGUAACAUUAGACUAUGGUUGGCCCUACAUAUGUAAUAUAGAACCAUGUCCUGUUAACUCACAUAAAGGCUUCUGGGAAGUACCUGUUAAUUCGUUAUACGAUUGGACGAAUACCGAUAUCUGUACGUAUGCAGAUGAAUGUCGGAAUCAACCCAAUACAGAAGAUGAAACAUAUCAAUAUCUGAUGGAUAAUUUCAUGAAUAGUUACCGAGGAAACAAAGCUCCAUUCGGGAUUCACUUGCAUCCUCGAUGGUUCCAUAUACAUCGAUAUUUACGUGGAGUUAACCGCUUUAUUAAAGAGUUAGUUAAAAAGAAAGAUGUCUAUAUUAUAUCGGUAAGCGAUGUUCUUGAGUGGAUGAAAGAUCCCGUUUCACUUGAAAAAAUCAAUAAAUUCUCAAAUUGGAAAUGUCCGACCAUUAACAAAAAUGCCUUACCGCCACCAGCUCUUCCCGAUUCAGUAUCUGAGUGUACAAAUGGUAUUAACUGUCGCUUACCCAAUUGUUUUUGUCCAACAUUUGAUCAUCCAAUGGCAACAUCCGACAUUCCGCAAAUCGUUUAUGUUGCUUUUGACGACGAAGUAACUUUAAAGUAUUCUGGAUAUUACUUCAAUUUGUUUGGUCCUUCGAUGAGAAAUCCGAACAAUUGUUCGAUGACGUUUACUUUAUUUACCAUAAACAAGGGGACUGAUUAUUCGUUUAUAGAAUACUUCUAUAAGAAAGGUAACGAAAUAGCUUCGCAUGGGGCUAAUAACAUACCAACAAAUUCUAAAAUUACCGUAUUAUCAGAAGCUGGUUCUCAAAAACAAAAUAUUCUAGACAAUACAAAUGUAACUGCAGGUGAAGUUACUGGAUUUCGUAGUCCUCAGUUAUCCACAGCUGGGGACGAUCAACUUGAUGUUCUCGAAAAACUUGGCUACAAAUAUGAUGCCUCUUACACCUUUACAAGAAGACCAAAACAUGGUAAGAAUGCAUGGCCAUUUACUGCGGACUAUGGGUGGCCAUAUGAUUGUAACAUUCCACCUUGUCCGUUCUAUUCACAUAAAGGAUUCUGGAUGGUACCUGUUAAUUCAAUGUGGGAUUAUAAAAAUGAAUCUAUAUGCACGUUUGCCGACGAAUGUAAAAAUCAACCAUUAACUGAAAAAGAUGUGUUUGAUUAUCUGUGGGAUAACUUUCAGAAUUCGUACAAAGGGAAUAGAGCGCCCUUUGGAAUACAUUUGCACCCAAUGUGGUUAAAUAGCAUUAAAAAUAUUAUAGGGUUAAGGAGGUUUAUUGACAAAAUAUCCCAAUUGAAUGAUGCUUAUGUUGUUUCUAUUGCCAAAGCACUUGAAUGGAUGAAAAAUCCAACAAAGUUACAAGACAUUAAAAGUUUUCGUCCAUGGAUGUGUUCAGAUUCAAAUCCAAUUAUCAACCAAAAACCAACAACAGUCCCUGAUCCAAUUAAUCCAACCAUUCAAUCAAAUCAUGAUCGAUCACUGUUAGAUCAAACAUUAUCAUCGACUAUUGAUCAAGCAAAUACACAAGAUCAAGUUCAACUUGAAACUGUUGCAAACUCUAUGACAUCAAUGGUUACUGACCCCACAAUGGGUGUUCCUAUUCAUAUGCCUUUAUCAAAAACACCAGAUAUUGAGUCAGUAUUGUCGUUUGCCAAAUUUGAUAGAGGCGUAAAACCUAUUGUUCAAAAUAUUGCAUCCACUGAACAUUUUAGGAAUCCUGCAGUUAGUGAAAUAUUCCAACUAACCAAUACAAAAGAGAAAAUAUCCACUUUAAAGAACAAUUCACAACUUGACAUUGGGCAAUGUGUUCAAGGACAUUCAUGUACACUACCAUUUUGUUAUUGUAAAGGUCAAAAUGUUCCGCUUAAGUUGCCUAAAUUAGCAACUCCACAAAUGGUGUUUCUUGCAUUCGACGGAACUUUAAAUCACGCCGAUCACGGACCCUACCUCAAUCUGCUUGAAAACAAGAAAAAUCCGAAUAACUGUUCAAUAUCUGCGACGUUCUUCGUAAACCAAAAAGGUUCUAACGUUACAGCCAUUAAAGACAUGCAUGACCGAGGUUAUGAGAUCGCUAUGAGAGGAAACUAUGUUUUACGACCUAGCAACGCAUCAAUGCUGGAAUCUGAAAUAGCCGAUCAGAUUGCCGAAUUAAGUAGUCAUGGUAUCAAUGACGUAGUUGGUUGGAAGACAGUUGGUUACACCAAACUUACGGAUGAUUUUAAAUAUGUUCUUAAGAAAUAUGCUUUUCUCUACGAUUCUACAAAUUAUUUUGACAAUGAAAAUAAUUUAUGGCCUUAUACAUUGGACUUUGGACCUACAAAUAGUUCAUUAUUAUGGGAGAUUCCAAAUUUAGCUUUAACUGAUUAUCUUGGUGUAUACCAGUGUCAGUACGCAGACGGUUGCUUUAAUAGUCCGGAUACGACUAAUGCCACGUUUACUUUUUUGUGGAAUAAUUUCAAAAAACACUAUGUUAAUGGAAAUCGAGCUCCAUUUGGGAUAAGUAUGAGGAAAACGUGGCUAUCACAUCCAUUCUACAGUAAAAAUCUUGAAGGAUUAAAGUUAUUUUUGAAAGCUAUACUUUCCAGUCAAGAUGUUUAUAUUGUAUCUGUGAAAAAGGUACUUGAAUGGAUGGAAAAUCCCUUACCAUUAGCAGACAUUCCACGCAGUAACCUAUGGACGUGCACAUAAUCUAUUCUAGGAAAUAUAUAUAUUUUAUUUUUA